CAAGGGAACAGGGAAGGAACAGGCUCUCCUAAACUGCCAUCCUCCAGUCUUGGAGAUGGCUGGGUGUGUCCUUCCUUUCCGAGCAAGUCCCAACUUGGAGAUCAUGAGGAGAAACCCAAGGAAGAGCGUGCUGAGAGCCAGCCCAGCAGCCACUCCCUGCCUCUUCCAUUACUCAACCUCAUUCCAGCUUCCAGUCUCGGCGUGCAUCAGAGCAGUUAAUUGUCGUAGCAAUCCACAGUCUCUGCAAAGAGAUCGAGAGCAUUCGUUUCCCAAAGGAGGAUAUGAAGGGACAGAGACAGCAGAAUCAGGAGACAGUUUCCCUGGCCUGAGCUGCACACAACUCUCCCAUGGCAUCCUCAUCAUCUCUGGUCAACACAACCACCAAUGAUUGCACCCGAACUUCAGGAAACAGCACUCUCCUUAGCUCCUCGACCUCCAGCGGUACUGGUGUUGUCUUUCUUCUCCUGGCUGCUGCCAUAGGACUUCCUGGGAACCUUUUUGUUAUCUGGAGCAUCCUAUGGAAAAUGAAGCCAAGUCAACGUUCAGUCACCUGCCUUCUGGUGGUUAAUUUGGCCAUGGCUGAUGCGGCAGUGCUGCUCCUCACUCCUUUCUUUGUUAUCUUCCUCAUUUUCAGGGAUUGGAUAUUUGGGCUGGCCAUUUGCAAAGUGGUGUACUACUUGUGUUGCAUCAACAUGUUUGCCAGUAUCUUCAUCAUCACCCUCAUGAGUGUGGAUCGGUGCCUUGCAGUCAACCAGCCCUACUUCUCCCAAGCCAUUCGCAAGAAGCACUUGGUGGUCAAGCUCCUAUCUGGGAUUUGGCUGGGAGCUAUCUUGCUGUCUAUCCCGGCCUUCUUAUUCCGACAGGUUGUGACGGACCCUUCAAAAAUGCGUCAUAUCUGUGAACCUUGCCACUCUAGGCCAAACCUAGCCAUUUUCCACUUCACCUUAGAAACAGUGGUGGCCUUUGUCAUACCAUUCACUAUCAUCGUUGGGUGUUAUUCUGCCAUUUUGAUACGGCUCAGGGGAGUGAGGAUGAGGCAAGGGGCUCGGACUGAGAAGCUCAUUGUCUCCAUUGUGAUCUGCUUUGCUGUCCUCUGGGUGCCCUACCACAUUGUCAACAUGCUCCAGGUGGCUUCGAACGUGGCAUCAGGAAGGACUGCAGAAAAGCUUGGUCAGGCUUGGAAGAGUGGGCGGGCAGGGGCCACCGCGCUGGCAUUCAUCAGCAGUAGCAUCAACCCGGUGCUUUACGUCUUUGCAGCUGGGAACCUCAUCAAGACUUCGGGGACCAACUUCAUUGCCCAGUUCUUUGAAGGAGCUUCUGAUGGGCUUGGACGGAGGAGCCAGUCUCAGAAAAACCUGGCAAAAGACUUGAUCGCUGUGGCAGGAGUUCCUGUGGCCGAAGAACAGCAACCCCUGGAAACCUAUCACAGGGUCAACCAGGACAUUGAGUGUAGGCUGGGUGAUGGCACAAAAGAGCAGCUCUCAUAAUCUGAAUAUUAACACUCCUAGAUUGAAUCACGGCAAAUUUCAACAUGAGACAGUUUCUGAGAAAAUGAGGCUGCAUUUGGUUGAGUCAGUCUGUCUAGCUCUGCCUUGUCUACCUUGACUGACAGAGAGUCUCCAGCAUCAAAAAGAGAUGAUGCUAAGAUCUGAGACCUCCAACACACAAAAUGUAUACUCUAUCACUGAGUUAUGGUCUGCCGUCCACUCAGCAGUAUUAUGUACUCUGCUGUUGAGCUAUGAUCUUCCUGCCUUAUAUUAUUUCACUUGGAAACUUAACUUCCAUUAGAAAGCACUAAGGAACAAUUCUACACUACAGCACUACUGAAUUACUUCCAUUGUUGCUCCCACCCACUAAAAACUUGAGAUGAAAGACAUUGUACUGAACUUAAUCUAUUCCAAAUCUGCUUUUAAGGCAAACCUUCAGAUUUGAGAUAGCUCCUGGUGGCGCAGUGGGUUAAACCCUUGUGCCGGCAGGACUGAUGACUUGAAGUUUGCGUUUCUGACCUGAAGGUUAUCAGUUCAAAUCCAACCCAGAGGGAGCACAGAUUAGCUCCGUCUAUCAGCACCAGCUCCAUGUGGAGACGUGAGAGAAGCCUCCCACAAGGAUGGUAAAAACAUCAAAACGUCCGGGCAUCCUCUUGGCAAUGUCCUUGCAGACGGCAAAUUCUCUCACAUCAGAAGCGACUUGCAGUUUCUCAAGUUGCUCCUGACAUGACAAAAAAAAAGAUUUGAAAUUUCUGAGUGUAAUAUAAAUGGAUUGACUUUGGAGAUUGACUAUGGUUUCCCCAUAUCUCAGCACAGAAUGCUUAAAGAUGGGGGGCUUCUGUCUCUCACACAUUUUUAUGGGCAUGUGCAUAUUUGCCUUUUGAGGAACCCUGGAUGUUUCAGUAUUAAAAUGAGGAAGCUGCCUAAAAAAUUCCUAGACAUCUGAAAAGGAAAGAAAUGAAAUCCUUUGGAACUGUUGGAAGAGGUCACAAUGAGUGGGAAUGGUUCAGUGUGUAAUGCAGGACAACCAAAGUUAGGAACAAUAAGGGAUGACUAAGGAUGACUGUUUGAUUUGAUGUUUUUAAAUCUCCAGAGUAAUUAAUAUUUAUAUUAUGUGGACUUCUUUUCCAUUUCUCCAUAUGCAAAAAGUGUAACACACUGUGGAGUGUUUCAAAUCUUGUUUUUUCAUAUAGAAACGUAUUUAUAAGCUAAAAUGGCCUGAGGAUGUGUCCAGCUUCAAUGGGUGUUUUUCCAUAUCAGUGGAGCAGAGGGGGAGGAAAGGGGUUUGGUAUCUUGGAUAACUUAAAUUGUUGAUUAAAAUUCAGGGUGGGUGUGCCUAUGUAGAAAAGCUUUGCAAAAUUCUUGAUGGAUUCCUUCAUUAUCUGCCUGCAGCAAUAAUCCCUACAACUGCCUGGCAUUUUGGGGAAGAGAUUUAGAGCAACAAAUCUAGUCUUGCCCAAUGAGAAGAAAAGAUUCCUGCAUUCCACGCUGCAAGCAUGGGGAAAAAACAAUAUUCUUCCCUACUUUUUCCCAUGCAAAAGAGGAUUAGUAGAUUGGAGUCGUGAUAUCUGGAAGUUGAUAGCAUGUAAAUAAAGAACGUAUGUUUUUUGUUCUUUUUGAUAUAAAAUAAUAAGAUGUAUCA